AUGUCCGAUAACAAAUCUGCUUCGCAGAAAGUGUCCACAUUGGGCGGCUUUUUGGCCGGAGGUCUCGCGGCAUGCGGAGCGGUCACGGUGACAAACCCGAUCGAGCUGGUCAAGACCCGAAUGCAGCUCGAAGGAGAGCUGUCCAGUGCCACCAACAAGCCAAGAACGUACAAGAACCCGUUCCAGGCCCUGGGGCUAAUCUACAAGAACGAGGGCAUCCGUGGGUGUCAGAAAGGUCUGUUCUGCGCAUACAUCUAUCAACUCGGUCUGAAUGGAUGUAGACUGGGUCUGUACGAGCCCGUGCGGAAUUUCUUGAACGGACUCGUGUUCCCGUCGCGGGAAGCGCACUCCGUGCAAAACAUCCCCAUCAACGUUGUUUCCGGCGCUCUUUCCGGUAUCGCGGGAGCCAUCAUCGGGUCGCCGUUCUACCUGAUCAAGACCCGAAUGCAAUCGUACUCCACAAGCAUCCAGAUCGGAGAGCAGACCCACUACAAGUCCACCUGGGACGGUCUUUCGUCGCAGUUCAAGCAGGGCGGUGUGCUGGGGCUGUUCAAGGGCGUGGACGCGGCCAUCAUCAGAACGGGAAUGGGCUCGUCCGUCCAGCUGCCAAUCUACAACUUUGCCAAACACGAGCUGCUCAAAACCGGCUGGAUCGACGAAGGAACACACCUCCAUCUGUUGUCCAGCACGAUCUCCGGCCUGGGAGUCGGUGUGGUGAUGAAUCCUGGAGAUGUCAUCCUCACGAGAGUCUACAACCAGCAGGGCAACAAGUACUCCGGUCCAAUCGACUGUCUGGUCAAGACCGUCAAGAGCGAAGGUGUCGGGGCCCUCUACAAAGGGUUCGGAGCACAACUGCUCAGAAUCGCUCCCCAUACCGUGCUCACGCUCACGUUCAUGGAACAGACCAUGAAGCUGGCGUACAUGGUGGAGUCCAGACUGGGAGCCUAA